CCGUUCGACAAGCCGAAAUUAACAAAAAUAAAAAAGUAAAAAAAGUUUUCUCAUUUAUUUAUUCACCCACAUAAAAAAAGCUCUAGUCAUGGCUUCCGGAUUCGGUGGUUGGAAAAACAAGAUUCAAUCAACGAUACAUACAAAUACCCGAAUGAAUGCUCUGCUGAACGAUCAAUUUAACUUACUAUCGUUAGGCAAGAAAAAGAAUUUGAACCGUCUGAAGGAAGCGUUACAGGAGACACACCAAGGGUCUGAAUCUGUUGAACCGGACGAAGUGAAGCCGAAAGGUGAUCCAAAAGUGAACGUUGAAGAGAUUUAUCGCAUACUGCAAAGUACAAUCGAAGAACAACUCAAAACCGACAAAUUCUUUCAAACCUACAAUGCACAAAUAUCGUCCAAAUUUUGUCAGAUUUUAUCGAGGGAAAUUCGUGGACGGAUCAAGAUGUUAAGACAUGAUCGCAGAUUUCGCAUAGUAUGCAUCGUAGCAAUAAUCGAAAAGCUUCAGCAAUUUAUUGACUAUAAGAUGGGCUUUAAUGUUGAUCCAAAGUGCGACAAUUAUUCGACAUUUACAUAUGAAGGUGCAACUUGCUACAUUGUGGCCACUGUUUUCAUGGUUUAUAAAGAUUGAACACUGUCCUGCUUAUUUCUGGGAGUAACAAUAUCGAGAAGAAGAGGGAUAUGUAGUUAAGUGAGGUGAAUAGAAUUUGUAUUAUAAAAGAGUUUAUUUUGCAUGAUGCUGUUGUAUUGUUGAGAAGUUUUUGUACCACUGAGUGGUGGUGUAUACUAAAAUGAUGUGAAAUCGAUGUUAAUCUGAAAUAUAUUUACAUGAAUCUCUAC